ACACAAACAUGCGCAACGACGAGACUCCUAAGCGCUCGUCGCGGUGCUUCAGUAGCGAGUGUCGCGUCAAGACUUUAAAAAUGCCACGAACGUAUUGCAUAGUAUACGGCUGUUUGAACUCCGCUUCAUCAAAACCGGAGCUAUCGUAUUUUAAACUUCCUGCUGAUUUUGAAAGACGUUCCCAAUGGCUUCGUUUGAUUGCUCGAGAAGAUUUGAUGAGCAAACCGCCACAAAACUAUACUGUUUGUGAAGAACAUUUUAAUGCUAUGGAUAUUCUUACGGGAACACAUCGCAAAAAGCUUAAAACCAAUUCAUUACCAUCUCUUCAACUACCAGUUCUACAAAAAAAAGAUGUAGAAACAUUAACCGAAGCUCCGAAGUUGGUUGACAUCUGUACACAGACAGAAGAAAAUAUAAUACUUUCAGCGAGUGACAGUAGUCAAACUUCUAGAUCUCUUUCAUUGAACACGCCACGGAAAAGAAAACUAAAAUCCGAUCUUUUAGAAUGUAGAAAAAAAAAAUUAUACGAAAUUUAUAACAAAACGGGAAAAUAUCAAAGAGAUAAAUUUUAUGAAUUGUGUGACAAAUUUCUGACGAAAGAGCUAGCUAUGUUGGUAAAAGCACAGACUCACUCAAAAUUCAAUUAUACCGGAAAUAGAUAUGACCAAAACUACAAAAUGUGAUGAAUUUAUAUUAUAACAGUCCCCAAACUUACCGAUUACUGCAAAGUAUUAUAUGCCUCCCAAUUCCAAGAACAUUAAAUACCCAUGGAAUACCAGUAACAUCUAAAAUAAACGACAGACUUAUGUCAAUUCUGAAAACUAAAGUGGAUGCCAUGAAUAAAAUGGAAAAGAACUGCUCAGUUGUCAUUGAUGCCAUGAGUUUCAAGGCUAAUUUGUUUUAUAACUUAAAACAAGAUAAAAUUAUAGGCUUUCAUGAGGUCGAUGGAGUACGGUCACCGGAACCUGCAAAAAUGCUUUGGUUGUGAUGGUUCGUGGGAUAUUUGUCAACUGGAAGCAACCCGUGGUAUACGCUUUACUCUCCGAAUGUAGAAACUAUGACGAGAUAGCUAAUGGAUUGACAAACUUUUAGAAAAACUAUUUAAGAUAGGACUUAACAUUAGAAUAUUUGUCUCCGACAUGGGAUCUGAUCUAUAUAACGCUGCAAACAAAAAAAAAGAUCUGUUACCAUAGAACGGCCAUAUUUCUUUAAUAGUGACAGAAAAAAAAUAUCAUAUUUUUGAUGCACCCCAUUUCAUAAAACUGGUUCGCAACAAUUUGAUUUCCUACGACUUUCAUUUCCAGGAUCGUGUUGCUAAAUACGAGCACAUCGUUAAAUUUUAUGAGAUUGAUAAACAACAGAGCUUCAAGUUGCACCUAAAUUGACGAACAGUCACAUCAAUCCAAGAAAUUUUGAAAAAAAUAAUUCUGUUGCCGCUAGUAUAUCCACCUACGUAGAUUUUAAUCAAAUUGAAAAAUCGGGGAGGGACACUGUUGAACACAUUAGAAAUAUGAACAAUAUAUAUUAUGAUGCUUUAAACUCAUCUUAAUGAUAUUUUUAUGAAUACAGAAGAGCAUUUUGU